CAGUAGUAUACAUAACAUGUAAAUUGUAAAGUUUUUCUUUUUAAUACAUCCAAAUUUCUAAGCGUAUAUUUCUGAUUUUGUUAAUAUGGAUUCGAAUUGCGAUUUAUCGAUGGUCAAUGGUCAAACGGAGCCCAAAGACCCAAAAUGGGCGUCGUCGUCAACCCAGAUAACUUCUCGGGCAUCGGAAACCUUUUCCGGAGUUGGCUCGGCGAUAAGCACUGAAACGUCCUUGCAGCCAGUGGCCGCGCCCACGAUGUACUGCCUCCGAUUGGCGCAGCAGAGGCCGAUAACCGAACGGCACGUCCACUUUCAUGCCGGCGUUAUCGAUAACGAGCACAUGAACCGGCGCAAAUCGAAAUGCUGCUGCAUCUAUCGAAAGCCACAUCCUUUCGGCGAGAGUUCGUCCUCCACGGACGACGAGUGCGAACACUGCUUUGGUCAUCCCGAGGUGAGAACUCGCAAUCGGUUGGAAAAACAGCGGAUACAGGAACAGCAAAAUGGGUGCAGUUGCUGUCAUCAUCACCAUCGACUUCAUAGUAAUCGGAAUAAUCGACCGCCUACCGAAGAGAUCGCGCAGCAUAAGGAUGAUCUGGCCAAAGAGGAACCAAAAUCGGUAGUCAACAAUGAAAGUAGUCUAAAACUUUUAAACGAGGAAAAUGUAAAAUCAUCUAAACCAGAAAAAAAAAAUAAUUCAAAUAACCGCCUCGAAGUAACUUUUGUAGAGCUUGAUUAAAAUUGGAAUUUUGCAAGUUUAAGUACCCGAUACUCGUGUUGAAUUAGUAACCAAGAAUAAAAAAAAACUGUAUAACUUGU